AUGGUUUUCCUGACAAUUGUUUCACGCCAAAUAACAUCUAUCUAUCUAUCUAUCUAUCUAUCUAUCUAUGUAAUAGUUUGUUUAUAUCUAUCUAUCUAUCUAUCUGAGUGCCUUCAAAUAUAUCUAUCCGAGUUUCUUCAAAUCUAUCUAUGUCAGUCUGUCCAUAUCUAUCCAUCUAUUUGUUAUUCUGUUCAUAUCGAUGUAUAUGUCUGUUCAUAUCUAUCUAUCUAUCUAUCUAUCUAUCUAUCUAUCUAUCUAUCUAUCUGUCUGCAUGUCUGUGUGUCCAUAUCUAUCUAUCUCUCUCUCUCUCUCUCUCUCUCAUAUAUAUCAGUCUUUCCAUUGAUGUAUCUAUCCCUGUCUUCUUUCAUCUUGUAUCAGACUACCAAACAUCUUCAAAACAACUUUUGUUAUUUCCUUUCAUUGAAAAUCACCAGCUGCGACCAUCUCUCUCUCCCCAACUCUCUCUCUCCCACUCUUUCUCUCUCUCUCAUUUUCUCUCUAUCCUUCCUUUUCAAAAAGAUAAUUUUUUCUAUGUCGAAAUUGUGCCUCUUCACUCAGCUCAAAUACUAUCAGACCAUAGCUGUCAUUUUUAUUAGUUCUAUUAGCCUAUAA